GUAGUGUGUCUCCUGAGACUGGUUCUCAUAAUGUCAGGAAUAGCGUCUCGUAUCAAGAAGUGCAGGGAGCGUGCGGCCGGAAUCGGCUCCUGGGAGCAACCUGUGAAAUUUCUCAAACAGGAUUACGAAGCGCUCCGACAGCAGUGCUUGGAAACGGGAAAUCUGUUUUGUGAUGAGUCUUUCCCCGCGUGUCCUUCAUCCCUGGGCUACAAUGAACUCGGACCUGACAAAACUAAAGACGUGGAAUGGAAACGCCCGGGAGAUCUGUGUAAAAACCCUGAAUUUUUAAUUAAAGGAGCAACACGUACGGAUAUCUGCCAGGGACAGCUUGGUGACUGCUGGCUUUUGUCUGCUAUUGCAUCACUGACCCUGAACAAUGAACUUCUAAGCAGAGUGGUGCCUGAAGGACAAGAUUUUGGCUCUGAUUAUAAAGGAAUUUUCCAUUUCAGGUUCUGGCAGUACGGAGAAUGGGUGGAUGUGGUGAUCGAUGACAGGCUUCCCACGAAGAAAAAUAAGCUGAUAUUUGUGAAGUCAGAUACAACGGACGAAUUCUGGAGUGCUCUUCUGGAGAAAGCCUAUUCAAAGUUAAAUGGGUCCUAUGAAGCACUAAAAGGGGGAUCUGUGACUGAGGGGUUUGAAGACUUUACAGGAGGAAUUUCAGAGCGGUAUGAACUAAAUGAAGCACCAAGCAAUUUCUUUAAGAUCAUACAAAUGGCAUUGCGAACUGGGUCACUACUUGGCUGUUCCACUGAAAGCUCAGCAGGAAAGCAGACAUGUACUUCGCAGAAUCUGGUCAGAAGUCAUGCUUAUUCUAUAACUGGAGCAGAAACAGUGAGCUAUCAAGGUAAUAAAGAGAAAUUGCUGCGGAUCAGGAAUCCGUGGGGCCAUAAAGAAUGGACCGGAAGAUGGUCUGACAAUGCACCAGAGUGGAAAGAGAUCCCCCUUGAAGAAAGAAAACGCCUUAAUGUCAACUCGGAAAACGGUGAAUUCUGGAUGGCAUUUUCCGAAUUUCUAAGUAAUUUCUCUCGAGUGGAAAUCUGCAAUCUCACCCCUGACACACUUGCCAGUGAUGAAGUUCAUAAAUGGAAUGUGGUUGUUCACAAUGGGUCCUGGAGAACUGGAUCUUCUGCAGGGGGAUGUCGAAACUACCCAAAGACAUUUUGGACAAAUCCUCAAUUUAAGAUCCUUCUGAAUGAACCAGAUGAAGAUUCUGAUGAUGAAGAUAAGUUGUGCGGUUUUCUAGUUGGGGUGAUGCAGAAGAAUCGUAGACGGCAAUGGAAAAUGGGAGUGGACGGCAACAGCAAAUGGGAGAAGAUAGGCUUUGCUAUCUAUGAGAAUAUUCCCUUUCAUAUGAUACUCUGGAUGGAGCAUCAGUAUAAAGACCAAACUAGUAUUCAGCUGAAGAAAGAAUUUUUCACAACCCACUCGCCCUGUGCUAGACCAGAAAACUUCAUCGGACGGCGAGAGGUCAUGAUGCGCCAUGCUCUUCCACCUGGACAAUACCUCAUUGUACCAUCCACUUUUGAGCCAAAUAAAGAUGGAGACUUUGCAGUCCGUGUAUUCACAAUGAAACAAGCUGACAUACGGGCAAUAGAUGUUGAAGUUGGUGCAUUUCUGGAGGAUGAGGAGGUUGAUGAAGAUGAUAUUAGUAGGAACUUCGAGAAUUUGCUUGAUUAUUUACCGGGAAAGGAUGCGGAGAUUUCUGCCUUUGAGCUGCAAAGAAUACUGAACAGAAUUGUAUCCAACCGUGAAGACAUUAAAACUGAUGGCUUUAGUUUGCAGACUUGUCGAAAUGUGAUCAGUCUAAUGGAUAAAGAUGCAUCAGGAAAAAUUGGACAACUGGAAUUGAAGCUGUUUUUGAACAAGUUACAGAAGAUGCUGAAAAUCUUCAAGAAGAUGGAUGCUGAUGAAUCUGGUACCAUGAAUUCACAUGAAAUGCGACUGGCACUUGAAGAAGCAGGUUACACGCUGAACAAUACAGUGAUUGAGAACAUUGUUGCACGUUAUGCAAACUCUGACCUGGUCAUUGACUUUGAUGAUUUUGUUGGCUGUUUGAUCCGAUUGGAAACCAUGCUCAAAAUGUUUAAACAAUUAGACCCAGAUGAUAAAAGAGAAACAGGGCUUGAUAUAUAUCAGUGGCUGUGUCCGAUACUGACCUAAGAUGCUGCUACGUUACAAGAAGGCAGUCUUCAAUCAAUCACCAGAUACUACAGUGGACAUCUCUGAACUUUAAAGGAAUAACAUGAAAACUAAAAUAAUUACAUUAAUUGGAUAUCAUGAAUGGGCAUAGAAUGAAGGGAAUAGGGGCCUGAUUUUGUUAGUGUAUUGCUAUCCUGUCUUUUAUUUUAAGGUGAUUUGCUACACAGCAAUGUGGGAAUCAAAACUAUUUCAAUCCAGAUCAUAUUUAGCAUCAAUAUUCCUGAAAAACAUCUUAAAUUAGUUACACCUUAUAUUUACAGCAGCCACAUUGUAUCAGUGAUUUACUAAUGAUUAUUACCUUUUUUAAGAAUGUCCAGAUAUUCAAAAAUCAGCAAAUCCUUUCUUUAAGUCUAUAAAUGUGGCACAAGUAGAUCACAAUCACGGUGAUCAGAGAAUUGUGUUUUGGAAUCUUAGUUUAUGAAACAAAUAUAAUAUUCAAAUGGAACUGGCCUUUUACAUUUAGAAGCUGUUUGUUUUGUAGAAAAUAGAAAUGUUUUCCAAAUUGACUAUUGAAAAAAAUGCAGAAAACUAAUUUAAUUUCCAUUAAAUUGCUGGAUGCUUUUGGUACAGGCAUUUAAUACAAAUGAAAAUAUGCUUCAAAUUUUAAAAACUGCUUUUAUCUGCACAAUUGUAUCUAAAAUUAAAUACAGAAUAU